AGGGAGGCGCAGCAGCGGCCGCAGGCGAGGGUGCUGCGGAGGGCGGCAAUGAGGUGGAGGGUAGAGACGCAGGGCGUGCGGAUGCCGGCGAGGAGGAGGACGGCGAGGAGGAGGACGGCGAGCUGAAUGCGGAGGAUCUGGCGGCAGCAGCGGCAGCGGCCGCCGUACGAGCGAGCAUGCUCCUGGCGCCACCGCCGCGGCGGCGGACAGCAGCAGCCGCCAGAGGGGCCCAGCCGCCUAACGGCUCUGCCGCCGCUGACGUGUCGUCAUCCCGUGGCCGUCGUCGUCGCGGCCGUUUGACUUCCAAUAGCUCGGCGGUUGUACGGCAGGUGGUUGCGGGGGCGUUGGCAGCGGCGGCGGCGCCGGUGUUGGGUCGCGACGGCGCACUGGCUAUGGCGCAGCUUGGAGUGGUGGUGGGCAAGGGCAGGGGCGGAGGUGGGGGAAGAGGCAGCGGAGAAGGCAGCGGAGACGGCUCACGAGACGGGCCCCGGCCUCGAAACCCCACCAAUGCGGUAUCACCGCGUGCUACGGCGGCGCGGCGGCGACCCGUGGGUCAGUCGCCGCAACCGAUUGGCGUCGAGCCGUUGCUGCGCAUGCCGCCACUGGAGAUCCGGGCGGCCGCGGCGGCGGCGGUUGGGCUGCGGAGCCCCCAGGCCUCCGUGCCUGCUGCGAGGGAUUCCCCUACCAGCGCUACCGCCGCCGCCACCGCAAACCCCAACACCAACCCCAACACCAACCCCAAUGUCAUCACCACCACCACCAGCAGCACCUGGCCCGCAGCGGCCAUCACCCUCAGCAGCCCCACCGGUCCCGCCAUCAUGCUCGUACGACAGUCCUGUCCCAGCCUGCCCCCCGUGGUGGGUACCCGCUUCUCCGACCCCGCCUCCCCCUCCGCCUCCGACGCCCCCGGCGACAGCUGCGGCUUUCGCUCCGCCCGCCUGCCUCCCGCCAGCCCCUCCCCCACCUCACCCCGGCGCCGCAGCCCCUCCCCGCAGCCCUGGGCGGCUCCCCGCUCCUCCAGGCAGACCGGAGGCAUCUUCCCCAGCGCCUUCUCCAGCCACCUGCAGCCCCUGCUGACCUCGCACACGCAGCACCCCGCCAGCACCCCCAACCUGGCCAUCAACUGCGUUACCGUAAGCAACGGCGCUGGGUUCGGCAACAGCAGCAGCAACAAUAACAACAGCAGCACCCUCGGCCUAACCGCCGUCCCGCAUUCCCCGCGUGGAGGGGGCGGCGGUGGAGGUGGCGGCGGGGGCAGCGGAGGCGGCGGCACCGGCACUCACUACAGCCACCCGCAGCACCACUCCCACUAUCACCACCCCCGGCUGCCCCCCGGCGGAGCAGUCAUGUCGGGGUCCCUACCUGACCCCCGUCACAGCGGAGGCGGAGGCAGUGGCGGAGGCGGCGGCAGUGGCGGAGGCGGCAGUGGCGGAGGCGGCGGCAGUGGCGGAGGCGGCAGUGGCGGAGGUGGUGGUCGGGACCCCUCCUGGCUGCUGCCACCCAUUGGCGGAACGCUGCACCGCAUGACGGGUCUGGGGCUGCCAGCCACCACCGCCACCUCCACCCUGCACCGCACCUCGAGUGAUCCCGCGCUGACGGGGGGUGCGGCGUCGGGGACGCUGGGGUCCCUGACGGUGACGGCGGUGGGGCCGGCGGGAGGCGGAGGAGGAGGAGCUGGAAGUACAGCUGCGGGAACGGCGGGGAUGACAACAACAACCGCAGCAGCAGCAGCGGCGAGAAAAGGCAGGAGAAGCAGCGACGGUAGAGAUGGCGGCGGUGGUGGUGGUGCGGGGGGUAAUGGUCCCAUGCAGGUGGCCAGCUUGAGUCCGGGGCGGCAGCGGGGGGACGCAGGAGGCAGGCCGCGGCGGACGAGCUUGGGCGGGGGGCGGGGCAUGCGGGGAGCCUCACUAGACGGGGGUCCUGCCGGGCUAGGCCCGGGGCUUGGACUGGGGCUUGUGCCGGUGCGUGAGGGCGUGACGGAGGGUUACGUAAUGGACGGUGGCAGCAGCACCACUCGAAGUGCUGGUGGUGGAGGAGGCGGGGGGGUGCUGGCGGGGGCAAACCCGGCACGCGCCGCCGCUGCGGGAGGAGGUGCCGGCUUGGGGCUGGGCCUGAUGACGGUGACGGUGGCGGCCGACGGCUCCUCCUCGCUGGACGGUCAGGCGACUGUUAUGCAACAGGGCGACGGUUUCCUUGUCAACUGGGCACACGGCCCCACCACCUCCCCCCUCGCCCAACUAAGAGCCCCCGCCGUAUCCAUAUUAGCGGAGGGGCUGACGGGAUCGCCGCCGCCACUGGUCCUAUCAUACGCUUUAUCCGGCGGCGGCGGAGGCGCGGGCGGCGCGGCGGCGGCUCGCCAACUGCACCAUCAAAUGGAGGCGGCGCGCGGAGCCGGGGGCGGCCGACAUGGGAUCGGCCGACCCAUGGGUCAUAGCAUGGCUGGAGGCCCGCUGAGCCAUCGAAGCAACGGAGAAGAGCCCGGAACGGGAGGUACGACGGUUUCCUCACGCCAACAGCAGCAGCAGCAGCCGCAUCAGGGGCAUCAUGAGAGCCACGGGCAUCAGCAUCCGCAUCCCCACCCGCAUCGCCACGUGGAGUGGGAGGAGUUGUUGGAAGUACGUGCAUGCUGACGAAGAGUCGGAGAGCGAGGGCUGUACGGCAGUAAGGCUGCUGGUACAUGUACUGCUGCGGCUAGGAUUGAUGACUAGUUGUGGGACGAGGGACCGUAAUGUAAUGUGCUUGGGAUGGUGUUUCCUGACAGCAUGACGGCAGGGGAGUCCUGUACAUUAUGCAAUGGAAGGUUCAAUGUGACUUGCGGCGUGAGCGUUGUUGCAGUCUUAGGGGCAAGGGGCCGUAUGUCCAACCUUUAGGCUCCCUUCCCGGCUACACAAGACCAAACUUGUGUGACGGACCUUCCAUGUGACGGACCUGCCUACCGGUAUCGUGGAAUGCGGUCCACGGCGGGGUCCCGGGCGGUGGCGGGGUGGGGGCUUGGACCGUCUUACGGCGCCACUUGCUCUCAUGUGUUGUGGAAGGCGCUUGGAGUGAUUGCAGUGUGGUGGAAGUGUCCUACUUACCCGUGCAUGAAGAUGAGUCGAGCACUACCGUAUUGGUCUGGGUCAUGCAUAAGUCGCGUGCUUGCCCUGGUCCGUCAUCCAUUCAUUCAUCCCGCUAUUGGACUGUUGCUGGUGGAUGGGAAACGCGAGUAUGUACCCGUUGUACCGUUGUUGGAAAGGGUGGAGGUGAGUGUGGAGAAGGAUGCCCACCCAUGCAAGCGGGGAUUGGGCUAGAAGGCUGUCGCAUGUGAAUUCGUGGGAAAGGAUUGCAACCGGCGUGAAGCGUUCCUGUGUCGUGAAGGCAGUUGCGAGUUGAUGAAAUGAGUGGGGUUUCGUUCCUGUAAGGUGCAUGUUGUGAUCCGGCAUACCGGUGUGCCGAUGUACGGUAUACGUUUUUGUCGCCUCGAAGCAGCGUGCAUCGUGCAACUCGUCCGUAUUGCUAUUGUAGCUUAGUUCAUGAUAUGCCAGCCUCUGGCACUGUGUAGGCACUGUGUUUGGAAGUUACGAGGUAUAGUCGUUGACGGCAUUACCGUACCGGUACUGUACGUGGGUACUCUUUUGAGGCUGGUCCGACGCACGUUAUCCUUGCAUGCAUCUGAAGAUUCUGAACGCGUCCUUGAUGCUGCCGGUACGGACUACCUUUUGAAGCCUACCGUGGAUUAAGUGUAUCUCGUCACAUCACAUACCGAACCGGACCGUAUGUCGUGCCGUACCGUGAUAACAAUGCUGAUUAAGACUGCAAGAGGCAGAUGGAAGUAAAUUCUGCCCCUUUUCCUCCUGGAGGUCAGCCACCGCCGCGUAAAUUCUGUCCCUUUGUCCUUUCCUAAGAGACGGCUGUUGUCAUGUCAGUGCUGUUUCGGUUGUUUUCCCGUUGAGACUACGGCGGCCGCAUCAUGUAUGCGUUGUAUGGUAUUGUACUGCAUUGUCGCGCUGUGUUGUACAGUUGCUGUCCUAUACUGCCGUACACUGUCCUAAACUGUUGUAUGCAUGCGUAAAUAUGGGUAUGCAGCUUUGCGGCGAUGUGCAUUGGCUGUGGAGGAGGGUUCAUGUUUGUAAGGCUGCAUGUUCGCAAACAUGACCUGCCCUCCCUACCAUCAGGACAGUUACGGGGUUGUGCCAGGAGGGAUACUUGGCAGAACGAGAUUGUUUGUUGAUCCUUGCCUGUUGGUAUGAAGCCUAAGAGAUAAAGGAUCCCACGGGUAACAACGGAGUGAACUCCUAGCGUAAGGCGACCAUAAUCGCCGGACAUGACCCACCAUCGCCCUUCUGUCCAUAUGUGUGUGAACAGCGUAAGGUUACUCCCUGAAUCCCAUCAGUAAUGACCACAUUUACCUGGCCGCGAGGCGAAACGUACUGUGAUU